CCACUGUGAACCCGGAAGUGAAAUCGGCGCUCAGUCGGCCUGCCAGCCACAGCCGUCUCGGGGAGCGAGAGACAGAGAAGGGGGUCAUGCAGGUCUCCAGCCUCAACGAGGUGAAAAUCUACAGCCUGAGCGCUGGCCGGAGCCUCCCUGAGUGGCUUUCUGACAGAAAGAAGAGAGCACUACAAAAGAAAGAUGUUGAUAUCCGCAGAAGAAUUGAACUUAUCCAAGAUUUUGACAUGCCCACUGUUGGCAUGAAAAUCAAAGUGUCACGAGAUGGGCAAUAUGUUAUGGCAACUGGAACGUAUAAGCCACGGGUCAGAUGUUUUGAUACCUAUCAGUUAUCCAUGAAGUUUGAAAGAUGUUUAGAUGCUGAAGUGGUUACAUUUGAUAUUUUAUCAGAUGAUUACUCAAAGAUAGUUUUCUUACAGUGUGACAGAUAUGUGGAAUUUCACUCACAACAUGGCCGUUAUUACCGGACAAGAAUACCAAAGUUUGGCAGAGAUUUCUCAUAUCAUUAUCCAUCCUGUGACCUGUAUUUUGUAGGAGCAAGCUCUGAAGUGUAUAGGCUAAAUCUGGAACAAGGAAGGUACCUGAACUCCCUGCAGACAGAUGCUUCGGAGAAUCAUGUCUGUGACAUAAACUCUGCACAUGGCUUAUUUGCAACUGGGACAGUUGAGGGGAAAGUGGAAUGCUGGGAUCCUAGGACAAGGAAUCGAGUUGGGGUCUUGGACUGCGCCCUAAGCAGUGUGACAGCUGAUAAGGAGAUAGAUGGCCUGCCAUCUAUUUCAGCGCUGAAAUUUGAUGGAACUUUGAACAUGGCUGUUGGAACAUCUACAGGGCAGGUUUUGUUUUAUGAUCUCAGAUCAAGUAACCCAUUAAUAGUGAAGGAUCAUCAAUAUGGCCUGCCCAUUAAAUCGAUCCAGUUCCACAAUUCAUUAGAUUUAAUUAUUUCUGCUGACUCACGAAUAAUAAAACUGUGGAACAAGGACACAGGGAAAGUAUUCACUUCUAUGGAGCCGGAACAUGAUAUUAAUGAUGUUUGCCUAUAUCCUAAUUCAGGAAUGCUAUUCACAGCCAAUGAAGCCCCUAAAAUGAACAUCUACUACAUUCCUGUUUUAGGUCCUGCUCCAAAAUGGUGCUCAUUUCUGGAUAAUUUGACAGAAGAAUUGGAGGAGAACCCAGAGACAACUGUGUAUGAUGACUAUAAGUUUGUAACAAGAAAAGACCUUGAAAACUUAGGGCUUGCUCAUCUUAUUGGAUCACCACUUCUCCGAGCAUACAUGCAUGGCUUUUUCAUGGACAUACGACUGUAUCACAAGGUUAAAAUGAUGGUGAAUCCAUUUGCCUAUGAGGAAUAUAGAAGAGAGAAAAUUAGACAGAAGAUAGAAGAAACACGUGCACACAGAGUGCAACUAAAGAAACUUCCCAAGGUUAAUAAAGAGCUGGCCUUGAAACUGAUUGAAGAAGGAGGAGAAGAGCCACAAAAUGCAAGAAAAAAGAAGCAAAAGAAAAUGCCUAGCAUUCUUAGUGAUGAUCGCUUCAAAGUCAUGUUUGAGAACCCAGAUUUCCAGGUGGAUGAGAAGAGCGAAGAGUUUAGGUUGCUUAAUCCACUUGUUUCUAAAAUAAGUGAGAAAAGAAAGAAGAAAUUAAGGAUGUUGGAACAUCAACAAAUCCUGGGAGAGGAAGGAGAGGAAGAACCAGAAGGAAAACCAAGUGAUGCAGAAAGUUCUGAGACUUCAGAUGAUGAAAAAGGUUGGGUUGAAGAGGUCAGGAAACAGCGCAGACUUCUACGCCAAGAGGAAAAAGUAAAACGGCAGGAAAGGUUCAAGGAGGAUCAGCAAACAGUCUUGAAGCCACAGUUUUUUGAAAUUAAAGCUGGGGAAGAAUUUAGAAGUUUCAAGGACACAACCAAAAGACAAAAGUUAAUGAAAAAAACACUUGGAGACCGCUUGGAGCUUGAAGAAAAAGUUAGUGCACUUAGUGUACAUGAUACCACUAUAGGAAGCAAACAAGUAACCUUUAAAUUAAAAAAGUCAGAGCAGCAGAAAAAACAGCAGGAAGCAGAGAAGCUUCAUCAUCAGGAAAGGAGAAAACUCAGACGUUCAGCUGGCCAUCUCAAAAGUAAACGAGGAAAAGGACGACCAUUCCAUUGACAUGACAGUUCUGCUUCUUCACUUGUGGCAUUUGGAAAAAAGACUGUUUAAAUCAUGGGUAGAAAACAAAGGCUUUUCCAAGUCCUGUUUGACAGAGAACUGGAUACAGAAUCAUUAUGUGUUGAAACAACAGAACCACACAUUGGGACUAGAGAUAUUUAUGUAAUUUAAAGGGGCAUUGGUUGGUUAUUGUAUAACCAUGUGUGCGAUUCAUAUGCAGAACUCUCUCUAUAAACUGGAUGCUGCCUUUUUAAAAGCUGAAUUUUAACAAUGCACUGUGUUUUAAAACAAAAAAAAUUAAUAGCUUCAAUUUUGGAGGACUGAAAAGUUUGAUCUGCCAAAUCUUAAAAUAAAUGAUUAAAGCAA